UGCUUAAUGCAGGGAGCAAGUUCCUGAUUUUGUUUCUUUAAUAGAACGUGGAAGGUUCAAGCUGAAACUCCCACUUUCCCUUUUCAUUAGAAGCCGUCAGCUGCUUAGAGAGAAAGAGUUAUUUGAGCUGGAAUGUGAACAUUUUUGAUAAAUAUUUGAAGAUUUUCCGAGCAGGAUGAUGUGGGUGCAGGAUGAGGAUAACACUGAUGCUGAUGGAAAUGAUUUGCUUUCCCCCACAAGUUCGGAUGGAGAGGCCGACUUGUCCUCUGAUGAUGGAGGAGAUAUUGAGUGUGAGAUCUUGGAAAAGCAGAGGAAUGAAGCCUAUCAGAAGCUCUCUGAGCUAGAAGAAGUUUCCAACCAACUACUGAAGGAGAUCAAUGUCCUGGAGAUCCAGUUCCAGACGGAGCGCUGCUGCAGGGAGAAUGCCGAGGCUCUCGCUGUCAAAAUAAGCAAGGAGAACAAAGUCUUGAAAAGGCGGAGCAUGAUGCCCUUGAUCGGUGAGCUGCCAGAAAUCCUGUCUGAUGCAGAGAAUCACGUUAUUUGCGAUGAUGUGGUUGAUUUUGGACACGAGGACAACAAUGAAGAGAAUCUGCUGCUGGAGAGUCAAGCCAAAAUCUCAGCGUUACAGGCAUCAGUGGACGGUCUGCUGGCGGAGAAACUGCAACUGGAGCAGCAGGUGGAGGACCUGACCACCGAGCAGAACCACCUCAAAGAGCAGCUUGCUCUGGAGAUUGAGGAGAAAGAGGCUCUUCUGAGGAAAAUUAACAAACAAAACAAGAACAUCAAUAAAAUCAAACGAGUUUCCCAGCUGGUCAGCGAGGAGUUCACUGAAAUGUCUCAGAAACUGGAGCUGGAGCAGGACCUCCGGCAACAGGCUGAAGUCGUUGCCCAUCAGAUGCUGGUGGAGAAGACAGUGUGUCAAGGGCAAGACAUGGUGGAGACGGAUGGUAAAGAUGGUGGCAUGCAGCUUCAGCUGCAGGAAGCACUGCAGCAGAUUUCCCACAUCAACACAGCUCUGUCCGAUAUACAGUGCUACUAUCAAAGCCAGGGUAAAGAGAACAUGGAUCCAGUGGAGGAGAGCACGUUCCUCUCUGAGCUGAGGAAUCAGCUGGAGAUGAGCGAGAGGGAGAAGAAAGCUCUGCAAGCUCAACUGUUUGAAGCCAAUAGAUGUGUAGCACAGCUGAAAACUAAAGUGAGGCAGAUUCAAGAGACUCAAGACAUUGAGGCUACAAUGAAGGAACUCGCAGCACCACCUCCUCCUCCUCCUCCUCCUCCUCCUCCUCCUCCUCCACCUCCAUCCACCCCAGCCAUUAGUUUCCAUGAUUUUCUGAGGAGCAGAAGGAAAGAUGGAGUUAGCAAAACUGCACAAAACGAUCCAAAUCCCUUGUUGAACAUGAAGGCGAAGGCCGUGGAUGAAAUGAUGGAGAGAAUAAAGAAAGGCAUCGUCCUCAGGCCCAUUAAGAAAAUACAGGAGGAAGACAGCUGCUGGAAGGACCAGAAAGCUCAAAACCGAAAAUCUGCCAUCCUGGAGUUAAAAGGAAUGUUGGACAACAUGAAGCGUCGAGAUUCUUCCAAAAGAGGAACCACCCGGAAAGUAGAAGACUCGGAACUCCUGCUGGUCCUCCAGAGGAGGAGAAGAGUGAUGGCGGGGAAUCCCGAGCAAUUAUCUGCAUCUCAGGACCCCCGUCCAGGACAGACGAGCAUCCCAGCAGCGGGCGAUGGUCCCUGGGCAUACGAGUUCAGCAAUGCCCCGGUGCUUCGGAGGCUGAAGCAGAACAGGGAGAAGAGAGACUCUCGCAUCCGGGAAUCAGCGCUGAUCAUCAGCCAAAAGACCUGAAAGCAGUCAAAGGAAGAAAUCUCUAAUAUGUGGAAAAUCCCAAACAGACCUCUGAUGAAAAGCUGUUUUGCAUGUGUGUUCUUUAUCCAAUCAUUUAAACCAAACAAAUCUAAAAAUCAAAUAAAAAGAAUUUUAGCUUGAACCAAGUUUGCAAGGGGGAAAAUGGAGCUCUUUCAGCCGUAUUUAAUGUCCAGCCUCAUUUCUGGGAUUCUAGCUUUCAGGAGAGAUAAGUGCUUGUUACACUUUUUUUAUUCCAUAGAAAAUAGAUGAAAUAUAACCAAAAAAAA